AUGUCAGUAGCAAAAAAUAAACGCUCCGCAAAAGAAUUAAAUAAUUCUGUUUUGAGUAGUCCUACUAAGCCAAGUACUAAGGAACAGAAAAAAGAAGUUGAUGACGAAGUGGUCGAAAAAAAAUGGGAUCUAGAAUCGCUAUUUAAGCUAGUUGAGAGCUUGAACAAGAAACUGGACAAGCUUGAAUCAAUCGAAGCGCAUUUAAAACAUGUGGAUCAUGAUAUCACUGAACUGAAACACUCGCUAUCUUAUAUGCACGAUACAACUGAAGAAUUGAAGUUAAAACAAACCUCCUAUGAUGAUAUAUUGUUGAAAAAUGAAGAAAAAAUAGGCAGUCUCGAGAAGUUGGCGUCAACCCUUAAAGAAGAGCUAAUUGACCUCAGGGCACGAAGCAUGAGGAGUAACCUUAUGUUUUACAAUCUACCUGAGAAUGAUGAAGAAAAUCCUGAAAAAGUGGUGUCAGAG